CCUGAUGCCUCGGUGGUAGCUCCGCGCGUUCAAAUGUCGGCGAGCAAACAAAACGUUGCGUCCCUAACCUUCUCCAGCCUCCAUCAUCACCAGACGACGUAUCACCGUUGACUGCAACAAGCCAGGCUCAUCAUCCGGCCAAUCAACCCCAUCAAUCAACGACACCAAGUGGAUUUAUGUCCUGAGGAUGGACGAAGUCGUCGAGCUGGAGGCACUGGACAAUGUGUGCAGACUUUGUCUGUCAACGGACGAGCCCAAGUCACCAAUAUUCGGCGUCCAAGGGGCAGCUGUACCAUUGGCCGAGAAGAUUCAAGACUGUCUCAGCAUCGAGGUGCUGCGGGACGACAAACUCGGGACGAUGAUCUGCGGGAGCUGUGUCAAGAGUGUCAAUCAGUGGCACUUGUACAGGGAUAGCUGUCUCAGGUCCCAGGAGAAGCUGCAGAGAUGGGUGGAGAAACGUGGAGAUGUUAUAACUCACAUAAAAUCGGAGCCAAUCGACCCAGACGAGAUGUCCUCCCCAGAGGAUCUCAUCGAUACCAUGGACAAUAUGGACGACAUCCCCGAGGACAGAUCCCCCCCUCGCUCCAAACGUCGUCGAUCAUCAAGCCAUUCAUCAGAAGCGGACUCAGUCGCGGGCACACAGCUCCUGCUGAACCCAAUGGCGGCAGCCGCGAAGGACCUCCUGGACCCGACCUCAGGGGACUACCACUCCUCCCGCAAAAAACUAAAGCGCGGUCCCCACACCCACUUCCGCGGUAUCAAAGUAUUCAAACGUAAGUGCCCCCACUGCAUGAUCCACUUGCACUCAAAGCUCUCGUACAAGAACCACAUGGAUCGCUACCACCGCGCAAGCGCCCCAAAGCCGCGAAACGGUCCGCUAUCAUUCCGCCUCCCCUCGACGGACAAGUCCUCCUCCCUGGACGAGGACAUAGAGAUGGUGGAGGACGUCGAGGACGAGCUCCUCUCAAUGGAGAAGAACGCGCCCCUCACCCAAGUCCAAGAGAACAUAAUAAGCCAAUUAAAGACCUUCUCGUGCUACUCGUGUCAGCAAGUGUUUAGCGAUCGCCGCAGCACCCUCAACCACAUCCGCCAGCACAUGCCAGACUUGCGUCCGUACACGUGUAUUGCAUGCCUGACCGAGUUCCCAGACCGUUCGAUAUACAAGCUCCAUUGCGGCGCGUCCUUUGAGUGCGCCAUGAAAAUCGCCCUCGUAGUCCCCAAACACGGCACGGAGAAGUAUUUCACGUGCAACAUGUGCCUUAGACCAAUGCCGAACAGAAAAGAACUGCUGUCCCACCUGUCGAAGCACUCUGACAAGCAGUACGAGCCCCUGACGUCGUCCGCCCCGACGGCGCUCAAAUCCCCAAAGACAAAAGAGCGCUCGGCAACGGCCCCGGGGCCCUACCGCCACGGCGACCCAGCGCACAACCACACGUGCGACUACUGCGGCAUGAUCUAUCGCUACAAGCCCAACAUGCUCAAGCACGAAGACCUGUGCAAGCGUCUACCGCCGGACGAGCGGACCUCCUACCGCUGCGCCCACUGCGGCAUGACAUUCCUUGUUUUCAAGAAAUUCCAGUCCCACAUUACCCUCGAGCACAACCGCAAAGAUCUCGUCUGCUACGAGUGCAACUCAAAGUUCAAGCAGUCUAAUGAGUACUUGAUCCACCACCAGCAGCACAGAAACAGUGCUGUGAGGGACGGGGCGAAGAGCGUCUGGAAGAACUACAACUCGAGCUUGACCAAGGUCACCAUGAAGUACGGCUGUGCCAUGUGCCCCCAGGAGUUCCUCACUAAGGAGGAGCUGGCACAGCACAGGCCGACGCAUUCAAAAACCAAGAGCCAAGCCCAGAAUCACGUUGAAGUUAUAGAUCCCGACGUGGACGACAGCAUGAGCCAGUCGGGAUCGGAGCUCAAUGCAUCCGCCUACUCCAUCCCCCGGGAGAACAAUUCCCACACGAGGAGCACAGAGUGCACCACCUGCGGCAAGAUAUUCGCCAACUAUCCCAACUUGCGGAGGCACAUAAGAACGGUGCACAUAAUCGCAGGUAGGUUCAGUUGUCCCAAGUGCCCGAAGACGUUUACGAGCGAGGAUCUGUGGAAUCAGCACGCCGAGAGGGCGCACCCGAAGGAGGUGCCCGCCGAGGGAGGGGCGCCCCCUUUCAAGUGUAUGCAGUGCAAGAAGGUCUUCGAUUCGCAGGAGAUGUUGAACAGCCAUCUUCAGCAGUCACACGGAAUGGCUGAGGACGAUCACUUGGCUUGCGACAUAUGCGGCAAGCGCUUCAGCAACGAGACGUCGCUGAAGAUUCACAGAGGGCACCACUUCAGACGUGACUCUAGACUGUCGAUUCGGUCGGUGCCCCAUCCGCUGGAUCAGGUGCAAGUUGAGAUGCAGGAGGGGCCGCUGGAGUUGAGCCUGACACCGCGUCCGGCUAAAGCCAAGAAGUCCUUUCCAACGCCGAGUUUCAAGCAGUCUUUGUCACCGAGUAAUUUGGCCUGCGCUGUCUGCGACGACUCCUUCUCAGACGUCGGGGAAUUGCGGAAGCACCUGUGGGAGGUCCACUGCCAGAAGCACAAGUCCGAGAAGUCCUUUGUCGGAGAUCUUCAGUGUGAGCUGUGCACAAACGUCUUUCCGGAUGAGAAGGCACUGGAGGAGCACAUGAGGUGGCACAAGGAGAAUCCGAUCUUGGCCGAGGUGACGCGACCCGUCGACAUCUCCUGCGACAUCUGCGGAAAGUUCUACAGCUCGACAAAAGCCCUGUGGAAGCACAAGAAGCUGCACAAGACGACGCCGGUGGCGGGCAUCAAGUUCCAGUCGCUCAAGAAGACGACGCCCACGUCCUUCCCCUGCCCCGUCUGCAAGAAGGUCUUCAACAACGAGACUUCCAUGAAGAAGCAUAAGGCCGCUGCGCACUACGUGAGGAAGUCGUUGAACUCGAUAACCAGGAAGUCGACGACACCGUCCCCCUCCAAGGCCGACGAAGACGGCAAGCCAAAACGACCGAAAUUGGACUUUGACAUGAUCAGGAAGGCGUAUCACCUGGGGGAGCCUUCGGGCAGCAGCUUUGGGACACCAACCGCCACGACCAAGAAACCUGUCACCUGCGGCAUCUGCAAGAAGCUGCUGCCCAGCAUGAGCUCGCUCUACAAGCAUCGCCAGAACGUACACAAGAGCAGCAUUGGCAAGCCUCUGGAGGUCGACGAGGGCGAGGUCGAGGGCGAGGGGGUCUCCUGCACCGAGUGCUACAAGGUCUUCUCUAACCCUGCCAACAUGAAACAGCACUACACCAAGGUUCACGGCAAUGGCGACAAGCAUUACUGCACCAUGGACGACUGCGAGGAAGUCUUUGAUACUUCGUUGGCCAAGCAGGCCCACGAGAAGAGCCACAUGAACAUCCUCUACAGCUGCAAUCUGUGCUCUAGGCACAUGUUCAAUCGCUCCGCCAUCGAUGGCCAUCUCAAUAAUGAGCACGCCGAAGAGGUCGAGGGGAAGAAGACGGAGAUGUUCUACAGGAAAACCGAUUUGGGGAGCUAUGAGGUCAAGGGCGCUGACGGCAGGGUCUGCCCCAUUUGCAAGAUCAAGUAUCCGAACAUCAAGGCUAUGAAGAUUCAUUAUGUCAAGAUCCAUGAGGGCGUCAGUUAGGUUGGGCCUGCCGAGAUUAGGUUAGGACGGAGGCAAAGUGACGAGGGGAGUGCAUCCUGAGAUUUUGAGGUUAGGUUGAGGAACAUUGUACAGUACAUAACCUAUAAGUAAAUCAUCAUUUUGUAUUAUUCAUUAGGAACAUUUUUGACGCGAUACUCUGAGGAUCGUUCGAGAUAUGCCGUAGAAUUUGUAUUUUUUAGGCCUUUUGUUCUUCUAGGUUAGGAUUCGAUUAUUUUUAUUUUUUGGAGAUUAGGGGAGGUUAGAAUUUGAUCAUCAUGGCUUCCGAUUAUUUUUUCUUCUUUUUUUUCGAGUGAGAGAGGUGUCGCUUUAGUCGAUAGGACUAGUGUAAGAUAAUUUUUUGUGUAACGAUGGAAAUAACUGCAUAAUAAAUGCAAGACAUGUUUAUUAAAA